GGGAUCUCAACAUCGUGUAGGUGAGAUCCUUGAGACCUGAUAGACCUCUCCGUACGGCGCACUCCUCAUUUUUCUCCAUUUCCAGAGCUUCCGAAAAUAGGCGGCAAAUAUUUCCAGUUGCCGGCUGGCAAGCGGGAACUGGGAAGUGGCAACAUCAAAUCAAAUCAAAUCAAAUCCAACCGCAAUUCAUCUGAUUGAGCCGGCUAACGUUUAACCCAAGCUUUCUUUCAUAAGUAGUUAGGGUUUCUGUUUUCGCACAACAAUGAUGGACUUGCAGAUUCUAUAGGUUUGUGCGCGCUAUGGACAACUCAACAAGUCAAGUAUUUAAUUCUGUUGAAAGAAAAAGCUUUCUGCCUAUUGACAGUAAUGGCAAUGUUUUUCUUGAUGACGAGCUCUCAACAAGCAUGGAGUUAUGCAUAGGCGAAGAUGAUAAAUGUGUUGGACAGCUUAUAGCUAUGCCAUUGACUGAGAAUGUUGUUGAGCCCCACAUAGGCAUGGAGUUUAAUUCAAGGGAUGAUGCUCGAGAUUUUUAUGUUGCUUAUGGCAGGCAGACAGGCUUUACUGUCCGCAUUCAUCAUAACCGCCGGUCACGCAUCAAUAACAUGGUUAUUGGUCAAGAUUUUGUUUGUUCCAAAGAAGGUUUUCGUGAAAAGAAAUAUGUGCAGAGAAAAGAUAGAGUUCUUCCUCCACCGCCUGUCACUCGUGAAGGUUGUCCUGCCAUGCUGAGGGUUGCUUUUAAAGAUGGAGCUAAGUGGGUAGUCACAAAGUUCGUGAAAGAGCACAAUCACAGUUUGAUGUCUCCUAAUAAAGUUCCUUGGCGAGGUUGUGGAAAGAAUUUGAUCAACCAGGAUGAAAAAGAUCAAAGGAUUCGAGAGCUCACACUUGAACUUUACAAUGAAAGGCAACGAUGUAAACGUCGAUGUGCAGUUUACCAGGAACAAUUGCAGACAUUGUUGAAAUAUAUUGAGGAUCAUACUGACCACUUAUCGAAGAGUGUUCAGGAAGUAGUUGAGCGUGUACAAUCUAUUGAAAAUGAAGAACUAGAAGAUUCAGAUUAGCUUGGUUUGUUUGUAGAAAUUCUUUUGUUCCUUAUUCAUUUGUUUUUAUUUAAUUUACCUGAUCUAACUUGUAAAAAUAGAAAUAGUUGGGACGGUCCAGUUGAGUUACUAUAUUGUCCAUUAACAUGACCAUCUGCAUUAAUCAACAUGUACUUAGACGUGAUAAACUCUCUAAUCUUUAGGUUUUUCUCAAGUAGUUUUCUGCUUGAUGGAAAAUGUGAAGUGCAAAUUGAGAGGGAAAUUUACUCUUUUA